CUCGGUGUGGGUCCCCGCGCCUCACCGAGCGCAGUCACGCGAAGGCACGCUCAGCUCGGGUGGACGGGCGGGCGCGCGAUCGCGCGCGCUCCCGCCGCCCUCUCCGGUGACGUGCCUGACCGAGGCCGCGCUAGGGCGCUGGAGCUGCCACUGAGCGGCUGUCAUGGCGUCGGAGGCGCUGACUGAGGAGAGCCGGCCGCGCUGUCUAUAGGACCAGGGGCGGGCGGCCGGGCAUGGAGAGCGGCCCUGACAGCCCGCAGCCUCUGGAUCCCGGGGUGGCGGCGGGACGAGAGUCUCCGCCGGAAGGGCGACGGCACGGCGGGCGCGAGGCUGAGGAUGGUCUCGCAGGACGCGCGGUGGAGAGCGGCGGGCAGGGGGCGGCGGCCGCUCGGAGCAGCCCCGGGGACCCGACGUCCCCGUCACAGCUCGGCUGCGGCGCGGACUCGGACUUGAAGGACAGCUUGUCGCCGAGCCCCGCCGCCUCGGAAGCGCCUCCGAGAGGGCAGCACAAGGUGACCGCCUCCCCGGAGCUGGCCGAGGCCGCGGCGGGCCGAGGGUCGGGACCAGUGGGCGACGCGGGCACCUGCGGGGUGGAGCAGGCGGCCGAGGAGCCCAGCAGCGCCGGCGCCCUGAGCAGCAGCUGCAGCGAGCCGAGCCCCCCUGGGGACUCGCCCAGCCUGGACUCCCUGGAGUCUUUCUCCAACCUGCAUUCUUUCCCCAGUAGCUCUGAGUUCAAUAGUGAGGAGGGAGCGGAGACCAGGAUCCCUGAAGACGUGGAGGAGGGCGCGGCGGGGCCGCCCAGGGCUGCACCUCUGUGCAAAGAGGAGGAGGAGGACCCGGCUCAGGUGCUAGCGGCCUCCAAAGAACGCUUUCCCGGACAGUCAGUGUAUCACAUUAAAUGGAUCCAGUGGAAAGAGGAGAACACGCCCAUCAUCACCCAGAAUGAGAACGGCCCCUGCCCUUUGCUGGCCAUCCUCAAUGUUUUGCUUCUGGCCUGGAAGGUGAAACUUCCACCAAUGAUGGAAAUCAUAACUGCGGAGCAGCUGAUGGAAUAUUUAGGCGAUUACAUGCUUGAGGCAAAGCCAAAAGAAAUUUCAGAAAUUCAACGUGUAAAUUAUGAACAGAAUAUGAGUGAUGCUAUGGCAAUCUUGCACAAACUGCAGACAGGCCUGGAUGUGAAUGUCAGAUUUACUGGUGUACGAGUGUUCGAGUACACACCAGAGUGCAUAGUCUUCGAUCUUCUAGAUAUUCCUUUGUAUCAUGGGUGGUUAGUGGACCCUCAGACUGAUGACAUUGUAAAAGCUGUUGGCAACUGCAGCUACAACCAACUGGUGGAGAAGAUCAUCUCCUGUAAGCAGUCAGACAACAGCCAGUUGGUUAGUGAAGGCUUUGUAGCUGAGCAGUUUCUAAACAAUACAGCCACUCAACUGACGUACCAUGGAUUAUGUGAACUGACUUCAACCGUUCAGGAAGGAGAGCUCUGUGUGUUCUUUCGGAAUAACCAUUUUAGCACCAUGACAAAACACAAGGGUCAACUGUAUUUGUUGGUAACAGACCAGGGGUUUCUUACUGAAGAAAAAGUUGUCUGGGAAAGCCUGCACAAUGUAGAUGGUGAUGGGAAUUUUUGUGACUCAGAAUUCCAUCUUCGACCUCCUUCAGAUCCUGAGACUGUGUACAAAGGUCAACAAGACCAAAUCGAUCAGGACUACCUUAUGGCACUGUCACUGCAGCAAGAACAGCAGAGCCAAGAGAUCAACUGGGAGCAGAUCCCAGAAGGAAUCAGUGACCUGGAGUUGGCGAAGAAACUCCAAGAGGAGGAGGACAGACGAGCCUCUCAGUACUACCAGGAGCAGGAGCAGGCACAGGCGGCUGUGGCUGCUACCACCACUUCCACACAGGUCCAGGGCCAGCCAGCACAACCCUCUCCAUCAAGUGUAAAACAGCCUGGAAAUAGUGAACGGAAACGCAAAGAACCUCGGGAAAAAGAGAAAGAAAAGGAAAAAAAUAGUUGUGUGAUAUUAUAGGAAGUGCUGGCAUCUGUGGGAACCACCUAUGCAGAUGACGGAAAGGAAGACCCAGUACCUACCGUCUGUGCCUGAUCUCUCAAUGGAUUUUGUUCUUGCUUUCCAGGGGAAGGUUGUUACUUUGUUACAAUCAACUUUUUUAAGUUACACAAUAUACUCUUUACGAGCUGGAGUUUUGUUACAAAGUGGAACUGUUGUAUGUUGUCACUUGUAGCCAAAUAAGUAUAUCACUUCUAUUUUAUGUUUAGUGAUAUGACAACUCUAAUCAGUUUGUAAGCUACUGUGUGUCCGACAAUGGAUGGAGGUCACCUGAGUGAGUCCUAUCCUUCGCAAGAUGUAAUUAUCAGCACAGCUAUUUCUGAAACAUUUAUGCUAAAUUAUGUUCUAAUCCAUAAGAAAUGAGGAGUUUAAUAUAGGGAGAGGAAAAAAAGCAGGAAUAAAUGACCCUUCAUUGUACACUGAACUGGCUCAGCCCUUGAACAGCUUUACCUUUCUUUAGCAAUGUACAUUUUAGAUAUUAUCUUGAGAACUGAUAAUGAAGCUUGGAUCCAAUUUAGAUAGAAAAAUUUUUUAUUUUCCAAUAGCAAAAAAACCCACAAAAAUUAUAUGACAUUAAUACAUAUAACCUAUCCAAAUCAGAUACUGACUUUGUAGUAUUGUGAGAUUCUGAGGAAUUUUAACACCUUUAGGUAACCUGAAUGGUGGUUUCUGUUUGUUAAGGAUGUGGUGAGUGAGGAGACCACACUCAUGUUUUAGCCUUGUAAAUAGGAUGGCAGAGAAGAGCAGAGUUCACUGUCUACCUUUUUCUAGAUUUACCUUGAACCUUAAAUUUUAAAUCAUGUUUAUUGCUAGAAAAUUAAGCAUAGUUAUUUAAACCAAUAAAAAGCACAUUUCUGAAGGAAAGUUAAUCUCUUGACUCUAAUGAAAAGAUAUUAAUAAAAUUGUGAACAUAGCAGGAAUCUGAAGGAAUUUAUGUAAAAGCAGUCAGAUUUUUUAACUUAUGAGAACCAAAUAAACCUAAGACAUCUUAUAUCAUUUAUAGGAUUCUGAAAGAAUAUUUACUCAGCUUUGUGAUGAGGCAGCACAUAUUGUAAUUUCUAGAUCAAGUUUGAAAACUAUCCUUAACAGUCCUUUUUAUAUACUUUGUAUUUAAAGUUUGUUUCAGUCAUUUUUAAAGAUUAUUGCCGGUACAGGUAGCUGUAUGAUUUGCCCUAAGCCUCAGUAAACUUGUUUAUUCAGGACCAUCAGAAAUUGAACGUCCAGUCAGAGAAUAUUUCUUGUGGUCUGGAGACAACGAAAGACUGCAAAAAAAAAAAAAAAGUAGUGUAGAGUUUCUUAAGACUAUUGUCAUCAACAUUCUCCAUGACCCCAAACCAACUGCAGGAUGGAUCUGUAUGUAAAAAGUAGAGUUUUAUUUAUGAAAAGUAUUAUUCUAAGGGGAAAAAUUCAGGGCUAUGCUGUAUCCUUUAUACUCUUCUAUAUUACACGUCUACUUAUGUUCUUUGUUAUUCAGAUUUCCUAUGCUAGCAUGGGAACCAAUCAGAGAACCUGCUGGGCUAUAAAAUUUGUGUAUAAAAUACUUGGUAAGUCUCUUGAUUCCAACCUAGAGUGAGUAUGAACUGUCAAAGACCAGAGCCCUAUGGUGGGCUGACUCGGCAGAAACACAUAGACAGCAACACUCUGAUACUCAGAGGAGAAAGCUCAAUCCUCAGGGUUUGCUUUUCCCAGAACCGUCUAUUAUUUUAAUUUAGAAAACAAUAACCUUGAGUAAUUUUAAAAAGUAUACUUGAGGCAUAUUUUUCCAUAAUUAUAUAUAAUAUCUAUUUAUUGCCCUUAAAAUCUAUAUAUAGAAAUUAUGUUAUUUUUACUAUCUUAAUUUGUUCCAAAGAUAAUACUGACAUACUGCAUUCCCUCUAGAAGAAAAAAAGAAGAAACAAAGCAAACACAACUCACUCAAAACCAGCAUCGCUAUCAGAUAAGUAGGUGUCAGUGUGUACUCAUGACAAGCAAUGAGUUGUGUUUAUUAAUCCAAUCUUUUAUCAGAUUUUCAAGUCGGGCUUGGUUACAUUCCUGGAAUUGUUUGAUAUGACAAGAGUCAUAAUAUUUGUUUUGAUUACUGUGGGAGAGAUUAAAUGUUUGGCUCUUAAAACAAAUUUGUGAGAUGCUUUCCUGUCCUCAAAGGCUGUCAAGGAUCAAAACUGUUGCAUGCUUGUUUCCUAUGUUAUGCUCAAGGUAGCAAGUGGUAUUCAGGCAUAUUGUUGCUUAUUUGGGUACAAAGGACUUUGAAUAUGUUAUUUUGAGGGAUUUUCCCCCCUCCCAAUACUUUGUAAUACUUGAAAUUGUUAUACAUAUCUUGCUAACAGACGUUAGAAUUUAAACAUUUUGGAGCUUAAUGUUUCUAGACUAAAUUUCAGGCACAUUUGACCAAUGUGCCCACUCAGCAUGAGAACUGGCAGGAGGCAGGUGGAAGAGCAGAUAGGGUCCCUGGCUUUUCUCUUGCUUUCAAAGCAGUCUUAAAGUUAGUAGGUCAGUCUUUAUUAGUGUGCACUUCUUGAUGGGUAACCCUGUUGUAUAACUUGCUAUGACUUGUACUAGUUUGUCAAUACCGAGGAGCGUGUUCUGUUUCUGAAGUAGGUUUCCAUGACCUCUGUUUGGGUCUCAAAGCAAAACUUCCUAUCAAAUGAAAGUCAUCAUUUUAAAAAUAUGCACAAAUCCCAGCACUCGGGAGGCAGAGGCAGGCAGAUCUCUGUGAGUUCGACACCAGCCUGGUCUACAGAGCUAGUUCCAGGACAGGCUCCAAAGCCGCAGAGAAACCCUGUCUCGAAAAACCAAAAAAUAAAUAAUAAAAAUAUGCACAAACACGCCAGGUUUAGGAGUGUCACCAGCAGUAGAACAUUUGCCUGGCAUGCUCAAGGCCCUGGGUUCAGUCCCCAGAACAUGCAUAUGUGCACAGACACACUGAGAAGUAUGGUGUCAAGCAGUUAAUCAUGGCAUUGGCUUUAGGCCCAGCCAGUGUUCAUGGGCAGAAUAACUUCCUCCAUGUUUUAAGGUCAGGCUAGGGUUUGAGCAAGACAGAGGCUUAACUUUGGGUUAGGUGAUCUUGUUUCUCUUGCCUCGCUUUUCUUCAGUUUGUUUUGAAUUCUUCCUCAUGCUCCUCAUAUCAGAUAUAAGUUUAAUAAACUCGUGUUGGCCAUUCUGUUCUCACACAACAGCUUCACAGCAUUUUGUUUUCUGUGAGUCAUAAACUCAGUGCAGACCUUGAGGACCAGAGGGCAGAUGUGAGGAAAAGGGAAGACUCAUGGUCAUUGUCUGUGUUGGCCUGUGAACAGAUGUCUGUAAAAAUCCUAGCAAAUCAAGGCAAGAAUUUUAAGAACUGUCAUUGGUCUUGCUGUGUAGCCAGCUGACCUGGAAUCAACUGUUGUAGCCCUGGCUAGCUUCAAACCCAAAAUCCUCCUGCCUCAGCUUCUCACUGCCGUGAUUACAGGCACAUGCCAUCAUAGCCAGCUUGUUUAAACUUUUGUAAAGCUAACAGCAAACGGAUUGCAUUUUGCUUACCUUUCUUAUCCAUUGUACCAGUUACUAUUUUUCUUACGAAAGCUUACAGGUUUGCAUGUAUCAUUGUCGUAGGCAUAGAAUUUAAAUUGAAAAAUUAAUGUUUGACAAAAUAAGGCAAAGACAUUAAAGGUAAUUAUUCAUAUUUUAAGGGAUUAGACAUGUGAAAUCCUGGAUCCUUUGAUGUUUGAAGCUUUUGUCUGAGCAUGGUAAUACACACUGUCACCCCACCUUUGAGGAAGGUGAAGCAGGAGGAUCCUGAGUUCAAGGCAAGCCUGGGCAAGUAGUAAGACCCCGUCUCCAAACACAAACCUGACUUUGUCUUGUUUUGGUAAUCAUCGUGCGCUUCAGUUUCCUGUGUGCAGGGUGCGCCUGUUCUGCCGCUCCCCAUACUUGCUUCUCCUGAGCACUGAGAAUUACUGAAAUCAUCACAGACAUUGCACAGCCUCUGUUCUUGAAUGUGCAGACUUUAUAAUGACUUAAAUCAGUUUUUUUUUAAUGCCAUUAGCUGGUAGAAUUAUUUCAAAUGUGGCAUUAUCGUUGCUUUUGUACGUGGUAGACUAGUAUCAGGAGCAGGAGUAUUUGGCAUAUAAAAUGCACUUCACAGACCUGUUCUCCUGGUAUUUGGCAUAUAAAAUGCACUUUACAGACCUGUUCUCCUGGUAUUUUUUACAGAUUAAGUGCUUAGAGCCUCUUGGUCUUUUCCUCCAGAGUAAAGUAGCAUCAGGAACUGACCGGUCUCUCCGCUGGUGUCAGUGUAGACUACUUAUUUGUGGCUUGUUGUGAAAAUGGACUCUGGUAGUGUACAAGUCAGCUCCUUUAGACAGUGAGAAAUCAUAAAAGAACACUUGAAUCUGAGAGAUGUUUCUCUGAUAAUUUAGUGUCUUUUGUUGCUGAUGCAAAAGUUAUGAAUAAUUGAGUUCACUUUUCUCAGAUAACAGUUGAGAAUAACUUUUAAAAUUAAAAGCUCCCUGAAGGGAAUAAAUACAGAGAAGAUAAAACAAUAGGGUACCUUGCAGAAUGCUGGAAAACUUACUUUGAAAAUCUAAAAUUUAAUUCGUGCAUGUAUUUACUUAAUCCUAGUAUUUCUGCUAUUAGGAAAUAGAGCUUAACAAAUUGAUAAAUGCAUAUAUUUUUUUUACAUGUAGGAUUGUAGUUUCUUCUGAACUCAAGAAAACUAAACUCAACAAACAGGGUAAAUAUCUUCAACUCUUGCCUCAAAUUCAAUGUUCCUUUGUCCUGACAAAGGUUGGUUAGAUUUGUCUAAUAAGCUGGUAUCUUUAGGGCAUGACACCCUCCCAUUAACUAGUUGAAAUACGAUGGCAAAGAUAGGAAACCCAACCUUUGUCCCAUGGUGAAGUUAAAAGAGCAAAAGCCCCAUCCCAGAAAGUGCCCACUUUAUCUAGCAUGAAUUGUAAAGAUGUCACCUUUUAAAUGUUCAAUUCUGCACUGUCGCACCUGGAGAGGCACGGUGGCCCUGUAACUAGAGAAUGCGCAGUCGCCGUCCUGUAGGCAGUCCUGGCGCCUUUGCCUUCAGUAGUCAUUUUAUAGCUGAAUGCGCAAAGUCGGGGAGCUGAAAUGCCCGUUAUAAAUCUCGAGUCACAACAUCCUAACAGAAUCUCCUAUGAAGCAGCUGUAACUCAGAUAAGAGAUUGGUGUUCAAUCUUUAAAAUGAUGUCUGGUUUGUCAGAAUGUGUGUUGCUGUUCCUUCCCACCCAUUAUUUGUAUGAGAUAACCACUGUGAAAGGAUUCAGUGUCUCGUCACUUCCCAGGUUUGUGUUUUAGUGAAGCUUUGCCCUAGUAGUUUUUGUUGACUUAUUUUCCUCAAUAAAAUGGCAACUGUUGUCACAGAUCCACAUAGGACCAGGCAAUAGAAGACUGCUAAAUGACAGAAGGGAUAAUUUCCCAGCACAUGUGAUUCGUUUCCCUUGAUAUGGGCUGCAUACGAAGGUUGAAACAUGGAAUUGGGAGAGCAAAAAGGUAAACAGAAUGAUAACAGAAACUGUCAUUUUGAACAGCAGUAAGGAAAAGAAAUAGGUCUUCUCCCCCGACUUGAGUGUGAGGCCAAUUUAUUCUGACCUGUGGAGCUAUGUGCUGGCUGAAAUGGGCUGUGGGAACUGUCUGUCUCAGCAUCUUUUCUACUUCUAGCAAGUCACUCUUCUGCUUUAAAUGCAAGUGAAGAAUAAAGGCACAGAGACUGGGAUAUGUUCAUUGAAAAGAGACACCUAAAAUGCGCCUACUCAUCACAGGGCUGAACUGAUUUCUGUGAAAUAAAUUUAUUGUUUUAAAUGCUAAUUAUGCUAAGAACACCUCUAAAAAUUAUGUCUUAAAUUUCAAGUUUCACUUUUGGAAACUACUCCUGAAAAGACAUUGAACACAGGUGGGAAAGUAUAAAAUGUUCUGACAAUGAUUCAGUAUUAUUGUUUAAUCUCAAAUUCGUUGUUAUACAAAGUGUAGUGUCAUCAUUGGGUUAAAACGCUGGAUGUUUUUGUUAAUAUACUUAAAACUGUAACCAGUGAAUAACAUUGUAGUAUUUUUUAUUAUAGAUUAUAUUUUAUUUCAAUAAACUUUGAUAUUUAGACUGAA